AACUGUGCUGGACUGGGUUUAUUUUACAAGUAAUUAAUGUGCAUUUCCUACUCCUGCCACUAGGUGGUGUCUUUGCUUUGGGGUUGGGUUUAACAUUUGGGCAGUCAUAUUGAAAUUCAUGAUAGUCAUGUGACACUUACAGGAAGUCACCUGGAAUGCUUUGUUUAUCAGACCAGUUUUGGCAUGGUAGUGUGAGCAGCAGCUACAUCUUAUUCCAUCCUCUUUUGAAUUCACUUUAUAGGAGCAUCGUCUUUUUACACCUUUUACAUGCUGUCAGUUUGAAUAAAUCUACCAAAUCUGACCGGUGUGUGAUGGGAGUCAUCUGUCUGUCUAAUUGAAGAAGGGGAACUCUUUAGUGAGGGCAGAACAGUAAAAAGACGGACUCAACAGUGAUUUCUACCGCAGUGAGUAAGAUAUCCAGCCUGUUCUGCAUCUACCAGUAUCAAGAUGUCAUUAAGAGAAGAAAAGAACUAUGAAACAAGGUCAGAGUGCUCACGCACAUCAAAAUUAUCAAAGCGCUCUGUGAGAUCUUCAGCUAGCUUGCAGGCUGCAUUGGAAGCACGCGCAAAGGCAGAAGGUGCACGGGCGAGAACGUUACAUGCACAAAGGGAGAUUGAUGUUAAAGUAAAAAAGGCUCAGCUGAAAGUGGAGGAGACACGUCUUGAUGCCACAUUGGAAGCCAUACAGCAAGAGAAGGAUGCCGACGCCGCUUUUGCUGAAGCUAAUGUAUGGGAAUCGGCAGUGGAUCUGGCAGCUUUAGGGGAGCUCACUGUUCAUGAUGAAUACCAAGGCUCAUCCUAUCAUUCAGUUGAGAGAACAGAGAAAUAUGUUCAAGAACAGUAUGCCUAUGUGAAAUCUAAUGAGCGCACAGACGAUCCAGAGCAGGAUAAAAAGGUUGAUUUUACUCCCUCAGCAGCUGUUAACCUCAACUCUAAUGAUGAUUCUCAGAGACAUCAUGAGCUACCUAGGCAAAGUGAGAGGCAACGUUUAUCUGUGACAGCCACAAUGCCAACUGCAACAGCUGCUCAUUCAAAACGGCCGCCAGUGCAAUUCACACCAAAAAGAGAAAGUGAAUUUAUUGCACCACAACCAGCAUCUGAACCAAGGAACCAAUGGACACCCAGACACGAUACAGCAGAUUACAGCUAUCCACGGGGAGGAGAAUCCACUUCUAAUGUAUCAGUGCUAGCAAGGUUCUUAGCUCGCCGUGAGCUACUCGCAGCUGGACUCACGAAGUUCAAUGACAAACCCGAAAACUACUGGGCCUGGAGGUCCGCCUUCUCUAACGCUACUGAAGAUCUGGGUCUGAAGCCUAGUGAGGAACUUGACCUGCUGAUUAAGUGGCUUGGACCGGAAUCUGCAGAGCAUGCAAGGAGAGUGAGGUCGGUUCGAAUCAACUACCCUGGUGAGGCCCUCAGCAUGGUCUGGAGAAGACUAGAGGAGGUUUAUGGAUCGCCAGAGGCCAUGGAGACAGCACUCUUUAACAAGCUCGAACGGUUCCCCAAGUUCUCCAAUAAAGAACCCAAGCGGCUACGUGAACUAGGUGAUCUUCUCCUGGAGAUACAGGCAGGCAAGGAGGAUGGGUUCCUGCCUGGUUUGGCUUAUCUGGACACGGCGCGAGGCAUUCAUCCGAUCCUGGAGAAAUUGCCAUUCAACCUGCAGGAGAAGUGGAUGGUGCAAGGUACAAGGUAUAAAGAAAGACACCACACCAUCUUCCCACCCUUCUCAGUGUUCGCCGACUUCAUUCGUGCAGAAGCAAAGAUGAGAAAUGAUCCAAGCUUCGCUGCUGCAGCGCCCAGCAACACGCCCAGCAACACGCCACCUAAGUGGGAGAAAUUCCCAACAAAAUCAGCUAAAACCCCUAUAGCUGUGCAUAAAACAGAGGUUGACAAUCCUGCCAAGGGUGAUGAGACCAAGGGUUCAGACAACCCGAAGAAAGAGUGUCCCAUACACAAAAAGCCCCACCCCCUACCUAAGUGUAGAGCCUUUCGAGCCAAACUGCUGGACGAACGUAAGGCCUUGCUUAAGGAGAAUGGCAUAUGCUUCCGUUGUUGUUCCUCAACCUCCCACCAAGCUAAGGACUGCAAGGCUAUCAUCCAGUGCUCUGAGUGCAACAGCGAUAGGCACAUUGCAGCCCUUCAUGCCGGCCCUGCACCAUGGACAACAAAGCCAGCUAGCGGCCCCUCUGAAGAGCAUGGCGGGGAGGGAGAGGAAUCUACUCCGGCUUCAGUCACUACCUCAAUCUGCACUGAGGUCUGUGGCGACAGCGCGGCAACCAAAUCCUGUGCCAAAAUCUGUCUCGUCUAUGUGUAUCCUAAAAACCAACCCGAGAGGAAGACAAGAGCAUACGCCAUCCUAGAUGACCAGAGCAAUAGGUCACUAGCCAGGUCAUCAUUCUUUGAGCUGUUCAGCAUAGCUGACAACACUUCUCCCUACACACUCAAAACCUGUGCGGGUGUGUCAGAGGCUGCAGGUCGCAGGGCAAGGGGGUUCAUAGUGGAGUCAGCUGAUGAAAAGACCAGUCUAGCUCUGCCUACACUCAUCGAGUGUGAUCAACUGCCUGAUAACAGGGCAGAGAUUCCUACGCCAGCUGCUGUGAAGUACCAUCCACACCUGAAAUCCCUAACCUCCAAGAUACCUCCCCUUGACCCGAGGGCCGAGAUCUUACUUCUUUUAGGGAGAGACAUUAUUCAGGUCCACAAGGUCCUUGAACAGCGCAAUGGCCCCCCACACGCUCCUUUCGCCCAGCGGCUAGCCCUCGGCUGGGUGAUCGUAGGGGAUGUGUGUAUUAACGGUGCACACGUACCCUCACCUGUGAACACAUACAGAACCUACAUUCAUGAGAAUGGGCGUCCCAGCGUUCUGUGUCCCUGCCUCAACAAAAUUGAAAUCAAAGAAAAGCUCAACCACACUUGUCAGUUCCAAAGUCCUUCAGCCUCAGAGCGGCAGUCCUUACCAAGUGACAAAACGCGACUCAUGGGGGAGUCCAUCUUCUGCCACACAAAGGACGACGACAAGACAGCACCUUCUAUGGAGGAUCUUGCCUUCCUGAGGAUUAUGGACAAGGAACUGAAACAGGGUGAAGACAACAGCUGGCAGGCUCCACUCCCCUUCCGAAGCCCACGCCAGCGUCUGCCAAACAACCGUGAGCAGGCUAGGACCCGUCUCGCUAUGGUCACCAAGACACUCAGGAAACACCCUGAGAGGAGAGAGCAUUUCACUGAGUUCAUGAGCAAGCUCUUCGAGAAUGGACAUGCUGAAGUGGCACCACCCUUACCACCAGAUGAGGAGAGCUGGUAUCUACCGUUCUUUGGGGUAUACCACCCUCAGAAGCCUGGACAGGUGAGGGUGGUAUUCGACUCCAGUGCACAACACCAAGGGGUGUCCCUCAAUGAUGUCCUCCUCACAGGCCCAAACAUGAACAGCAGUUUGCUCGGGGUACUGCUGCGCUUCAGAAGGGAGCCAGUGGCCGUGACGACUGACAUCCAGCAGAUGUUCCAUUGCUUUGUCGUACGUGAGGACCAUCGGAACUUUCUGCGCUUCCUCUGGCAUCGCAAUAAUGACCUGGAUGACGACGUCAUUGAGUACAGGAUGUGCGUACAUGUCUUCGGAAAAAGCCCGUCACCGUCCGUAGCCACAUACGGGCUCCGAAGAGCUGCUGCAGAGGGAGAGAGGGAGUACGGCGUAGAGGCGAGGGUGUUCGUUGAGAGAAACUUCUAUGUUGACGAUGGCCUUCUGUCUGUCCCUUCAGAACAGGAAGCCAUCACUCUUCUUCACAACACUCAAGGUAUGCUGGCCCUCUCCAACCUCCGGCUUCACAAGAUCUUGUCGAACAGGGUGGCUGUGAUGAGAGCCUUCCCUCCUGAAGAUCUGGCUAAGGGGAUGAAAGAUCUGGAUCUCAGCACAGACCCCAUUCCCAUGCAGAGAAGUUUAGGGGUGAGCUGGGAUGUUUCGGAAGACGUAUUCACCUUCCAAGUUGCUGAUGCAGAGAAGCCUUACACAAGACGUGGGGUCCUGUCAACUGUUAACAGUCUGUUCGACCCACUAGGUUUCGCUGCCCCUGUAAGCGUUCAAGGAAGGUCCAUACUGAGGGAGCUCACCACAGAGUCAUGCGACUGGGACGCCCCUCUCCCUGAGGAAAAGCCGGCCCAGCAAAGCUCACGCAUGAGGUCCUGA